GAAAUUGUCAAUCAAAUUGCAGUAUUUUACUUAGAAACUUUCUCUAAGAACUUUUCCUAAAUUCCUUCUCAAAUUAAUAAGUCAAAUAGUUGCAAUUCAUAUCAUUGUUUCUCUCUCUAACCAGAUAACUUCAAAACAAAUAUUCUCCUCGCAAAAUUUACGCGUUUGAAAAAAAAAAAUUCUGAUCAAUUUUUGAAACCCUAAUUUUCACUGCAAAAUCUGUAGAAAAGCAGCAGCAGCAGCAACAAUGAGGAGGGUGUUUGGAGUGAAGAAAGACAAAGAACCCCCUCCGUCCGUUCAAGAUGCAUCUGAUCGGAUCAAUAAAAGGGGUGAAAGUGUGGAUGACAAGAUAAAAAGACUUGAUGCUGAGCUUGCACGCUACAAAGAGCAGAUCAAGAAGACCAGACCUGGUCCAGCACAAGAAGCUGUGAAAGCUAGGGCGAUGAGGGUUCUUAAGCAAAAAAGAAUGUAUGAAGGUCAGCGUGACAUGCUCUAUAAUCAGACAUUCAACCUGGAUCAAGUUGCAUUUGCUGCUGAAGGAAUUAAAGAUGCUCAACAAACAAUGACAGCAUUGAAGUCAGCAAACAAAGAGCUUAAGGGAAUGAUGAAGACUGUGAAAAUUCAAGACAUUGAUAAUCUACAAGACGAGAUGCUGGACCUCAUGGAUGUGAGCAAUGAAAUCCAAGAGUCUCUUGGUAGAAGCUAUAAUGUUCCCGACGACAUUGACGAGGAUGACCUCAUGGGUGAGCUUGAUGCUUUGGAAGCAGACAUGGGGUUUGAAACCGAAGGAGAUGGAGUACCUUCCUAUCUUCAACCUGAUAGGGACUCUGAUUUAGACUCAGAACUUAACUUGCCAUCAGCACCAAGUGGAAGUGCUCCGGGAAGAACAAAUGCACAGGCUGAGGACGAACUAGGUUUACCGGCUGUCCCUCGAGCUUCACUCCGAGGUUAAAAAGGGAGCCGUUAUUGGUGAAAUUUGUGGAAGUGUCGUGCUUAUGGCCAGGGCAUUAUUGUAAAAACACGUUCAAAAAAUCUAUUUAUUUCUUGUUAUUGGUGUAACCAGAUUAUGAAGGUUGUUUUGACUGGAUAUUGGAUGAAUAUUCGAUCAUCGAGGUGCAGAGAAUAUGUUCACACAGUACCGUAACAAUGUUUUUGUUGAUAGCUCGACCGAAUAAUUCAUUAAUCCUCUUUGCGUUGUUUAAACUCAAAGCUGGAUGUGUAUAGAUUGAUGCUUGGUUUCUGGUUACUGAUAUAA